AUGAGUACGCUUCUUUUCAGUCAUCCCGCCUGCGAGCAGCACGAUCCCGGGCCUCUUCAUCCGGAAAAUCCGGGCCGUCUCAAGGCCAUCAUGAAGACUCUCGACAGUCCCGAGUUUUCCGGUCUGCUGCGCCGCGAAGCCCCGCGCGCCGAGCAUGGACAGAUUGCGCGGGUCCAUCCUGACAGCUUCGUGCACGAGGUUCUGGCCGCCAUACCGGACCAUGGCGACCGCAUGCUGGAUGCCGAUACCAUCGUCUCGCCGGGCUCGGGCGAAGCCGCAUUGCGGGCCGCCGGCGCGGUGGUCGCGGCGGUUGACGCGGUGAUGGCGGGCGAAGCCGACAACGCCUUCUGCGCGGUCCGCCCGCCGGGCCACCAUGCCGAGCCGCGCCAGGCCAUGGGCUUCUGCCUGUUCAAUAAUGUCGCGGUCGGCGCCCUGCAUGCCCGCGAGGUGCACCGCUGCCACCGCGUCGCCGUGGUCGAUUUCGAUGUCCACCAUGGCAACGGAACCCAGGCCAUGUUCUGGGACGAUCCGGACCUGUUCUACGCCUCGACGCAUCAGUUUCCGUUCUAUCCCGGAACCGGACGCGCGCAAGAGCGCGGCGUUGCAAACAACAUCAUCAACGUGCCGCUGCCGCCGCCGGCCGGAUCGGCGGAGUUCCGGCAGGCGAUGCGCGACUGUGUGAUUCCGGCCAUGACGCGCUUCGAGCCGGAGUUCGUGUUCAUCUCGGCCGGAUUCGAUGCCCAUGCCGACGACCCCCUGGCCAGCCUGAACUUCGUCGAGGAGGACUAUGCCUGGGCGACGCAGCAGUUGAUGGAGCUGGCCCGCAGCGCCUGUGGGGGGCGAUUGGUCUCGGUUCUGGAGGGGGGCUACGAUCAUGCGGCUCUGGCCAGCUGUGCCGCAGCCCAUGUUCCCAACGACAUCCAGGCGAUGAGCUUCGAGGAGGCGCUCGACGCCCUGAAGCAGAUCGUGGCCAAGCUGGAGCAGGGACAGGGCGCCCUUGACUCCGCGAUCGAGGAUUACGAGCGCGGCGCGGCCCUGAAGCGCCAUUGCGAUCAGAAACUGCGCGAGGCGCAGGCCAAGAUCGAGAAAAUCAGCCUUUCGGCCGACGGCACGGCCGAUGCCUUGGCCAGCCAGGGAGAAACGAUUUCGGCCCUGCUCGACCGGAUGCUCCCGAAGACCGACGGACCGCGCGGGCGCGUUGUCGAGGCGAUGCGCUAUGCCGCCCUGUCGGGCGGAAAACGCCUGAGGCCGUUCCUGGUGCGCGAAUCGGCCCGCCUCUUCGAUGUCCCCGAGCAGCAGGCGCUCAGGGUCGGGGCCGCCAUCGAGAUGGUGCACUGCUACAGCCUGAUCCACGACGAUCUGCCGGCGAUGGACGACAGCGACCUGCGGCGCGGCCGCCCGACGGUUCACAUCGCCUUCGACGAGGCAACCGCGAUCCUGGCCGGCGACGGGCUGCUGACGGAGGCUUUCGCGGUUCUGUCCGGGCCCGAGACCCAUGACCUUGCGGCGGUGCGGGUUGAAUUGUUGCGGCAACUGGCCGCCGCGGCCGGGGCGGCGGGCAUGGUGGGCGGCCAGAUGAUCGAUAUGUCGCCGGAGCGCGCUGAGCUUGACCUGGCCGGAAUCUCCCACCUGCAAAGCCUGAAGACCGGGGCGCUGAUCCUGUUUUCCUGCGAGGCCGGCCCGAUCCUGGCACAGGCGCCCGAGCCUCAGCGGCAGGCGCUGAAGGACUAUGCCCGCGAUCUCGGCCUCGCCUUUCAGAUCGCCGACGACAUCCUGGACGCCGAAAGCACGCCGGAAGCGCUCGGCAAGCCGACGGGCCAGGACGCAAGUCUCGGAAAAGCCACAUUCGUCGGCCAGCUUGGCAUCUCAGGCCCCGGUAAGACCCGGACGCUUCCGCGAUCGGGGCUCCAAAGCCGUGGCAAGGGGUUCGCAGGAAGAGGAGUGGCAGAAGCCUUGGCAGAGAUCGGUCAUAAUCGGCGCCCGACGCCGCUGCUCGACAGCGUUUCCGACCCCUCGGAUCUGCGCAAACUCGACGAAGGACAGCUGCGUGACUUCGCCGACGAACUGCGUGCGGAGAUGAUCGAGGCGGUCUCCGUGACCGGCGGCCAUCUGGGCGCCGGCCUUGGUGUCGUCGAACUGACGACGGCCCUGCACCAUGUCUUCAACACGCCCGAUGACCGGCUGAUCUGGGAUGUCUCCCACCAGUGCUAUCCGCAUAAGAUCCUGACCGGCCGGCGUGACCGUAUCCGCAGCCUGCGCCAGGGCGGCGGGCUCUCCGGCUUCACCAGCCGCAAGGAGAGCCCUUACGACCCCUUCGGUGCGGCGCACAGCUCGACCUCGAUUUCCGCCGGCCUGGGCUUCUCCGUUGCGCGCGACUUCCGCGGCGAUGACAACGCGGUCAUUGCGGUGAUCGGCGAUGGCGCGAUGAGUGCCGGCAUGGCUUACGAGGCGAUGAACAACGCCGGAGCCAUGAACAGCCGUCUGAUUGUCAUCCUCAACGACAACGACAUGUCCAUCGCGCCGCCCGUGGGGGCGAUGAGCGCCUACCUCUCGCAGCUGAUUUCCUCCAAGCCGUUCCAGUCCGUGCGCAGCCUCGGGCGGGUUGUGGCCAAGCGCUUCCCGCGCCCCAUCGAGAUGGCGGCGCGCCGCGCCGAGGAAUAUGCCCGCGGCCUGCUGACCGGCGGCACGCUGUUCGAGGCGCUGGGGAUCGAGAUGCCGGAGCGGGGGAGCGCAGUGGAAAUCGGCAAGGGCCGCAUCCUGCGUGAAGGCAGCAAGGUUGCCAUCCUGUCGCUGGGCACGCGCCUUGCCGAUGCCCUGGCCGCUGCCGACGAUCUCGCCGCCCGCGGCCUGUCGACGACGGUGGCCGAUGCCCGCUUCGCCAAGCCGCUGGACGAGGACCUUGUACGGCGUCUUGCCGGCGAGCACGAAGUUCUGAUCACGGUCGAGGAGGGCGCAAUCGGCGGGUUUGCCACCCAGGUGAUGCAGUUCCUCGCGCGCCAGGGACUGUUCGACAAGGGGCUGCGCUUCCGCCCGGUCACCCUGCCGGACUUCUUCAUCGAUCACGACAAGCCGGAGCGUCAGCUGGCGCUGGCCGGGGUCGACCGCGAAGGCAUCCUCGCCGCGGCGCUGCAGGCCUUGGGCCAGCAGGAGGUCGAGUCACCGGCCCGCGCCUGA